UCCGCGCUCAUUUGAAACAGCAAAGUGAAGUGUGCUCGAUCGCCUUUUCACUGCGUACUUCACUCUGUUUGUAUGUUGGGCUCAACAAAUAACCGAAUAAAGGGGGAACGGCAUCUGUUAAAAGAAAUAACUGCACAUCAGGACAGAAAGCUUGACUAUUUGUUAUUACCAGAAAUAAUGCUGAUAUUGGGAACUCAUGUCGCACGUCUAUGAAGAGAGAGCCACAAUGAUAGCCGCAGGCGAGUUGCAGUCGUUUGUCCCAUUCGGUCGUGAGCACUGCAGGAACCACCCGAAUGCCGUGAACCUCCAGCUGCGGCAGCUGCAGCCGGCCUCUGAGCUCUGGUCCUCUGAUGGGGCCGCUGGACUCGUGGGGUCUCUUCAGGAGGUCACUUUGCAGGAGCGACAAAAGGAGCACUGGCAGCUGAGGAAGGGAACAGCUCCUGAUGAGGUCGAUUAUGAGGAGGAGCUGUACGUGGCCGGAAACAUGGUCAUAUGGAGCCGUGGCAGUAAGAAUCAAGCCUCUAAUGUUUACAAGGCUUUCACCGUGGACAGCCUCGUUCAGCAGGCUCUCUGGUGUAAUUUCACUGUCCCACAGUCUAAAAAGGAUGCAAAGGACGUCGUGGAGCAGACAGUGUGUAUCGUCCAGAGCACCUGUGUGAAUGUCCACAGCAUGAGUGGGAAAGACUUCAUAUCUCCACUCCCCUUUCAGGUCUCUACUCUCUGGUCAACCAAGUUUGGUCUGCUUUUAGAGCGCAAAAACAUCCCAUCUGAUGGCCACAUGAGCCCCAGCAGGGAACCUCUUCCGACUCUGUUCAGCAUGCUGCAUCCUUUAGAUGAAAUCGCUCCUGUUGUUUGUAAGUCUACCGGUCUGUUUGAGCCACGGCUUCAGUAUGUUUCAGAUAGCGCGAUGAGGGUUUUGUUCACCUGCCUCGAGCCCUCCCUCAUGAUGACGUACGACACACAGCAGUGUACGCACACCGUCUGGGCUCUGCGCAGAGUCUCCCCUGAGGAACAGACCACAGUGCUGAAGUGUCCUGAGCAGCCCGGGGCGGUGCACACGCCGGUCGCAGCCCACAGCUUCCUCGGCUCCCACCUGAGAAAUGUGACCCGGCUGGACUUGCCCGCUUCGCCCUUGCACUGCCACGCCCUGCACAACCAAAGCCGAAUCCCCGCCUCCCCCGGCCUGCACUCUCGGGUUCACUCGCCCAGCAUUUCUAACAUGGCUGCUCUCAGUCGGGCUCACUCCCCUGGCAUCGCAGCGCCCUCCUUCUCUGGAGCUCAGCGCUUCAACAUGUCGUGCCACACCCCGUCCCCGCGCGGGCACAGCAUCCUGGCAUCACCCAACAGCACCCUAAACGAAACCGGCCUGAUGCCUGAGAUGGAGCCCAUUCUUCCGGACCUUUGCAUCGAGCAGCUGUGGACAGAGACCGGCGCUACCUCCAGGGAGAAGGGCUGUCAGGCGUCUAAAGUCUUCAUCACCUCUGACCUGUGUGAGAACAGGUACCUGUGCUUCCUGGUUGAGUCUCACCAGCAGCUCAGGUGCAUCAAAUUUCUCGAGAGCAACGAAACGUUGAUAUUUGCAUCAGUGACUGUCAUCGGUGCAAAAGAUGCUGUGCCACUAGAGGGCAUUCAUGGCAUGCUGGUGCUGGAGGCCAGCGGGAGUCUGGUCCUGUACACAGGAGUCACACGGGUCAGCAAAGUGUUUGUCCCAGGUCUUCUGUCUCCUACCUUCAGUGUUCAGAACCAUCAGCCCCCGUUAAACACUCCUCUGGAGAAUGUGAGCACUCCUGCAAGGGCUACGGUUCAGCACAUAAGCAGACUUGAUGAGGUGGGCAUGCCAUCCCCUGUGUUAGAGGUCCGUAGCUUGACGAAGCACCAUGAGUCGUCGUGGCUGGAGGACUCGCCGUUCCAGCAGGCUGUUCCACUCGUCCACACGCUGCGAGAUGCCGUCGGCAACAGACUCACGCUGGAAUUAAGCACCGGCUCCAUGUUAAGAAUAACCAUUCCUGAGGUGGCCACUUCAGAGCUUGUCAGACGGUGCUUGCGGGCCAUCAGGUUUAUUCUUCCCAAGGACACCGCCAUGAAAAUGCUGCUCAAGUGGUACAACAGUUACAACGCCCCUGGAGGUCCCAGCAUGCACCUGGAAUGGAACCUGUUUGUAACGUGUUUAAUGACAAUGAUGGGUUACAACACGGAGCGACUGACAUGGACUCGCAACCUUCAUUUUGAAGUGCCUCUCUCACCAGUAAUUGCCCCUAAGAAGGCCCGUCCUGCAGAAACAGGUUCUGAUGAGGAUUGGGGAUACCUCCGUUGCUCCGACUACCAUUGGCAGGUUUCCAUGCGACCUGCGGUGGCCGUUCAGGGCUUGGAGGCGGUUUCGCCCCCUGCUGGUGUGGAGAGGCACGAGUCCGCUCUGGGUCUGGAGUCCUCUGCGCUGCUCUUUCCACACAUCCCGGUUCUCUUCUAUGUGCUGCAUCUGCUUUAUGAAGAUCUGAAACUGGACGAGCUGCAGCGGAGCGGGGCGAGAGCUCUAGUCGGCCUUCUGCAGCAGCUGGCCAAGGACCUACAGCUGGACGAAUACAUUGAUCUGUACUGGCGCGAUUACCCCUCAUUCAUCAAAACCUUCAAGGAGGCCUGCGUGAUUGAUCAAGACCAGAUGGAGUUGAUGACUUGGCCGGUGUUCUUAAAUGGAGAAGCUCCGUGUGUGUUCGGCUGGCUCAGUCGCUGCCUGAGAGGGCAGAAUGUGCCACCUUUUCCUUACCUGCCCGGCAUCUGCGAGAGGACCAAACUACUGGUGCUGAGCUACGCCCUGUAUGUGGUCGGAGAUGAGGAUGCAAUCUCGACCAAUGUGUCCAAGUACCUCUCCAAGCUGUCCGCAGGUGGGCUCGGGCAGAAGAAAAACUUCAGCGAGUCUUUUCUGAGCAGGCAGAACUGUGUAAAGGCCGGUCCAUCGUCCAGCUGUUUAGCUGAGAAACUGGUGCUGUGGUUGACGUCUGCAGGAUUCACAUUGAAGGAUCUUGAGACAGUUCCGUUCGGUGUGGCUCUGCCGAUCAGAGACGCCAUCUACCAGUGCCGAGAACACCCCAGCUCUGAUUGGUCCGAGGAGGUGUGCGCUUUGAUUGGACGACAAGACCUGACCAAGCAAGCUCACAAAGUGACACUAGCCAAUCGUAAAUCGACUGUUGGUCUGAAUGUGAUGUUAGAGCCGCCCGUCACCACUGAAGCAGAUGAGGAAGAGGACGGCAUGACGGAUCUGGACACAGAUGUGAUGGGUUUGAUCUGGAGUCAGGAUCUGAGGGUGCAGGAGGUCAGACGUCUGCUUCAGAGCUCCAGACCUGUACGGGUCAACGUGCCCCAUCUGCCUGAAGUCAGUGACCACGAGUACAUCGAGGAGAAAGAGAACAAGCUGUUGCAGUUGUGUCAGCGCACCAUGGCUCUUCCCGUCGGGCGAGGGCUCUUCACUCUCUUCUCAUACCACCCUGUGCCAACCGAACCCCUCCCUGUGCCCAAACUCAAUCUGACUGGUCGGGCUCCUCCCAGGAACACCAUGGUGGACCUGAACAGUGGCAACAUCGAUGUGCCGCCCAACAUGACCAGCUGGCCAAGCUUUCAUAACGGAGUUGCGGCCGGGCUGAAAAUCGCUCCUGCCUCUCAGGUGGAAUCUGCGUGGAUCGCUUACAACAAACCCAAAAGCGCUGACCUGGCCAAUGAGUACGCAGGAUUCCUCAUGGCUCUGGGUCUCAAUGGCCACCUCACCAAACUAGCAACACUUAACAUCCACGACUACCUCACCAAGGGUCACGAGAUGACCAGCAUCGGGCUGCUGCUGGGUGUAUCUGCUGCCAAACUGGGCACCAUGGACAUGUCCAUCACCCGCCUGCUGAGCAUCCACAUCCCCGCGCUGCUGCCGCCCACUUCCACCGAGCUGGACGUGCCGCACAGCGUUCAGGUGGCCGCCGUGGUCGGCAUCGGUCUGGUCUACCAGGGCACCGGUCACCGACACAACGCUGAGGUUCUGCUGGCUGAGAUCGGCCGUCCACCGGGUCCUGAGAUGGAGUAUUGUACAGACAGAGAGUCUUACUCUCUAGCAGCGGGGUUGGCGCUCGGCAUGGUCUGCCUUGGGCACGGCAGUAAUCUGAUCGGGAUGACCGACCUCAACGUCCCCGAGCAGCUCUAUCAGUAUAUGGUGGGAGGACAUCGCCGUGCUCAUGCAGGCAUCAACAGAGAGAAGCACAAGUCUCCCAGCUAUCAGAUCAAGGAAGGUGACACUAUCAACGUGGAUGUGACCUGUCCUGGUGCAACGCUCGCCCUAGCCAUGAUCUACCUGAAAACUAAUAACAGGUCUAUAGCUGAUUGGCUGAAAGCUCCUGACACCAUGUUCCUGCUGGACUUCAUCAAACCUGAGUUUCUGCUGUUGAGGACGCUGGCCAGAUGUCUGAUCAUGUGGGAUGAGAUCUUUCCCAGUACAGAAUGGGUGAAAAGUAACGUUCCUCAGAUAAUACAAGAAAACAUCAGAAACCAGGAGCAGACGGCCGUCUCUGAAGAUCUCAACUUGGAGACCUUAGUACAAGCUCAUGAUUACAUAAUCGCUGGAGGCUGUCUGGCCGUUGGCUUCCGGUUUGCUGGGUCUGCAAAUUCAGACGCUUUUGAAUGCCUGUACACAUUCGCCCGUAACUUCAUGCAGUGUCUGACCACCUCAACAGUUACCGUGACGGGCCCGUAUAACCUGCAGACGUGUCUGAGUAUGGUCCUUCUGGCCAUUUCCAUGGUGAUGGCCGGUUCGGGAGACUUGAAAGUGUUGCAGCUGUGUCGUUACCUCCACAAGCGCACCUUUGGCGAGAUGAACUACGGCUUCCACAUGGCCCAUCACAUGGCUCUGGGUCUGCUCUUCCUGGGCGGUGGGAGGUACACCCUCAGCACUUCCAACUCGGCAAUUGCUGCUCUCCUUUGUGCACUUUAUCCUCAUUUUCCUGCUCACAGUACAGAUAACAGGUAUCACCUCCAGGCUUUGCGUCACCUGGCUGUGCUGGCGGCAGAACCCCGUCUCUUGGUGCCUGUGGACGUGGACACCAUUAAACCCUGCUAUGCUCUGCUAGAUGUCACCUAUAAGGAGACGCAAUGGUACGAUGAGACCACCGUAGAGUUGAUGGCUCCCACUAUGCUGCCUGAAUUACAUCUGCUUAAACGGAUUAAGGUGAAAGGUCCAAGAUAUUGGGAGCUAAACAUCGACCUCAGCAAAGGGACACAACAUCUGCACUCAAUUCUCUCCAGAGAUGGCGUUCUGUACGUGAAGCUUCGGGCAGGACAGCUCCCGUACAAAGAUGAUCCUCACGGCUGGAAGAGUCUGCUAGCCCCCAACCUCAACAACAGAAGCCCUGAAGCUCAUACGUUCAAGCCCGAGGCCAUCUCAACCUUCACCUCAGACGCGGCGUUGGUCUCCUUCGCCGAAUACUUCUGCAGAGCCUCGGAAAACAUGAAACACAAGCCGGAGACGGUGGCCUUAUUUUCAGCAAUUCUGUAUGAAUGUGUAACACAGGAAAACCCAGAGAUGCUGCCAACACACAUCUCUAUUGACCAGGCCGUGCACACUCUGGAACGGGCCGAUCUGUUCGAGACCUUCAGUCUUUGGCAGAUGAAGCUGGUUCUGGAAGUGUGUGAGAGCCGAGUUCUACAGCAGAGGCUCCGAGACGCUCACGGCCGCGGUCUGCUGCUCACGUCUGAGUUUCUGCCCGUCAUGAAGAGCGCCGCAGACCGAGCUCUGGACCGCUGGAUCUGUGAGAACAGUCGGGUUCUGCAGGCAUACUUGAGAGGAGAGCCGAUAGACAACGGUAGCGAUGUCAACAUGCUGGCCUGCUUUCUGGUCUAUCAUUCCAUCCCCAGCCUCAGAAAUAUUAUGACCUCUGACCUUGAAGGAUGUUCUUGUUUCCCGGAGUUGCUCCUGAAGAGCAGUCAGUUGGGUGUUCCUGUACGCGCUCUGCUGCGUUUGAGUCCGCUGCUUCUGCAGAAUCACGGGUCUGGAGUUCAGACGGAUCUCUUCUGAUCGGGCACGCCGGGGUCAGCACUGCGUCUUGCUCUCGCCUGCUGUGACCUCCCCUUUUUUUAUCAACUUUUAAGAUGUAUUACGUAAAAUAAUGAUCAAAUCCGGCAUCUUUGGAAGUUAUAAAGUGAGACGGGAUGCAGAGGAGCUCUUUGGAAGGAUUGCCGCUCACCCGUUUUCAAAUGUAAAUAGUUUGUAUCUAUGUUUGUACUUAUGAUAAUGCAGUCAAUAAAUGUGACCUGAGGAUUGUUUUGAUAAAAAAAAUG